GUCCAUGUAAAUUUUUUUUUUUGCCAAUUCUCCGAGACCUGCUGGAACAUAGCUGCUGAUUGGCAAAUUCCCGCGGGCUUGUUUUUCGCCUGAAGGACCAUGGCUUUCAAUUCCCGUGCAACACACUGUGUUCACCAUUGAAACUAAAUAUAACUCACUCCUAUAUUGUGCCCGUCCUUGAUUUCGGUUAACGCCCCCUCCCCUCUUCUCCUCCGCCCUCUCUCUCCCCCCUUGGGAUCACUUUGCCCUGCCCACAUCCUCAAUGUUGUCCUCUAGAGUCACAUUUCGCCUCCCUCGGCGAGGCUUGCGCACAAAGCAGGCUGUGCGCUGUCUGGCCACCGAGAGUAGAUUAUCGCCGGACUUUGUGCGGAUUGUGGAAGUUGGCCCCAGAGAUGGACUGCAGAACGAGAAGAAGGCCAUCCCGGUAGAGACGAAGAUCGAGCUCAUCGAGAGACUUGCCAAAACCGGCGUAAAGACCCUCGAAGCUGGUUCGUUCGUGCCCGCGAAAUGGGUGCCCCAGAUGGCAAGCACAUCAGAGAUCCUCACACAUCUCUUAAAAUCACCGCCCAAAUCCCCCCAUCCCAUCGCCUUCAACUACCUCGUCCCGAACAUCAAAGGUCUCGAGACUCUAGUGUCCACCGCCGAAUCCGAAGGCUUCUCAUUCUCCCCGGAGUCCGGCUCCCCCACGUCACCAUCAUCAUCAUCAUCAUCAUCCUCUUCCUCCGCGCCAAACCACACGACCGAAAUCUCCCUCUUCGCAGCCGCCACAGAGGCCUUCUCCAAGGCCAACACAAACUGCACCAUCGCCGAGUCCCUCAAACGCAUCGAACCGAUCGUCGACCUCGCCAAGAAGAAGAACAUCCGUGUACGUGGCUACGUCUCCGUCGCCCUCGGCUGUCCGUAUGAAGGCCCGGACGUCGACCCGCACAAGGUGGCCGAGAUCACCGCCACGCUGCUAGAGAUGGGUGCUGACGAGGUGUCCGUCGCGGACACGACCGGGAUGGGCACCGCACCCAGAACGCAGCGGCUCCUAAAGGUGCUCACGGCGGCGGGUAUCGCGAACACGGAUCUUGCCCUGCAUUUCCACGAUACGUACGGCCAAGCGCUGGUGAACACGAUCGUGGGCUUGGAGCACGGGAUCCGGGUGUUUGACAGCAGUGUAGGAGGGUUGGGAGGAUGUCCGUACUCCAAGGGAGCGACUGGGAAUGUCGCGACGGAGGAUCUGGUUCAUACUCUCCACAGUCUCGGAAUGCAGACGGGUAUAGACCUGGAGGAGAUGUCCAGAAUUGGGGACUGGAUCAGCAAGGAACUUGGCCGGGCUAACGAUAGCAGGGUUGGCAAAGCGACUGUAAACAAGCUUCAAACAUAGUUUUUUUUUAUUUUAUUCCGGUUAUCUAUGCGCUCACCCCAGGCUUGUCUAGCGGGAGGCAGUUUUUUUUACGGGAUGCAUUAUGUAUAUAGUUUCUAUGGUACAGUACAAAGAAGAGACGAAAAUAAGCAUAGCCGGUCGUCAUAUCGUACAAAAAAAGGAGUCCUC